UCACAUAAAUUACAAACCCCAUUUAUAUAUUAGAUCUCAGCGAUUUUACCAACCUCUCUCAAAUCCAUAACAGACCCAGGCAAAGGGUCCGGAACAGCAGAUUAACACUCCCACGAUAUGGUAGUGCCAUGAGGAUUUCAUGUCAGGAGAGGACGGGGACGACAGGGUGGUGUGCUAGGACACUACAGACGCUGGAAAUUGAAUUCUCUCCUCAGCCUGCCUGCAUUAACUUGGGGAUGAUGGGGGUGUGGGCACUGUGGCUGCUCCUUCUACUCUGCAAAUCCAGCCUGGCAGUUCUGCCUGCUAAGCCUGAAAACAUUUCGUGUGUCUUUUACUAUGAGGAAAAUUUUACUUGCACCUGGAGUCCAGAGAAAGAAGUCAGUUAUACAUGGUACAAAGUAAAGAGAACUUACUCUUAUGGAUACAAAAGUGAUAUUUGCCCAACUGAUAAUUCUACAAGGGGAAAUCAUGCUUCUUGCUCCUUUUUUCCUCCAACAAUAACAAACCCAGAUAAUUACACCAUUCAAGUGGAAGCUCAAAAUGCAGAUGGUAUAAUUAAUUCUGAUAUAACACAUUGGAACUUAGAUACCAUAAUGAAAAUUGAACCACCUGAGAUUUUCAGUGUGCAAUCAGUUUUCGGCAUCAAACGAAUGCUUCAAAUAAAAUGGAUAAGGCCUGUGUUGGCUCCUCUUUCAUCUACUUUAAAAUAUACUCUUCGAUUCAGAACAGUAAAUAGUGUCCGCUGGAUGGAAGUCAACUUCACCAAAGAAGAUAUCGAUAGAGAUGAGACCUACAACCUCACAGGGCUGCAGGCUUUUACGGAGUAUGUUGUAGCUCUGCGAUGUGCCCCAGCGGAGUCCAUGUUCUGGAGUGCUUGGAGCCAAGAGAAAGUGGGAACAACUGAGGAAGAAGCUCCCUAUGGCCUGGAUCUGUGGAGAGUCCUGAGACCAGCCAAGGUCAAUGGAAGAAGGCCAGUGCAGUUGAUGUGGAAGAAGGCAAGUGGAGCCCCGGUCCUGGAGAAGGCCCUUGGCUACAGGAUAUGGUACUUUCCAGAAAGCAACACUAAUCUCACAGAAACAGUGAACACCACUAACCAGACACAUGAACUGCAUCUGGGAGGCAAGACCCAUUGGGUGUAUGUGAUUUCUUAUAAUUCUCUUGGGGAAUCUCCGGUGGCCACGCUGAGGAUUCCGGCUGUUGAUGAAAAGUCAUUUCAGUGCAUUGAGGCCAUGCAGGCCUGCCUCACUCAGGACCAGCUGAUAGUGGAGUGGCAAAGCUCUGCUCCAGAUGUGGACACAUGGAUGGUUGAAUGGUUCCCAGAUUUGGACUCAGAGCCCUCCACUUUUUCCUGGGAAUCUGUGUCUCAGGCCAGGAACUGGACAAUCCAGAAAGAUGAAUUAAAACCCUUCCAGUGCUAUAACAUCUCUGUUUAUCCAGUGUUGGGAGACCGAGUGGGCCAGCCAUAUUCCAUUCAGGCUUAUGCUCAAGAAGGCAUUCCAUCAGUGGGUCCUGUGACUGAGGCAGACAACAUUGGUGUGAAGACAGUCACAAUCAUGUGGAAAGAGAUUCCCAAGAGUCAGAGAAAUGGCUUCAUCAGAAACUACACCAUAUAUUACCAAACUGAAGAUGGAAAGGAGUUCUCCAAGACAGUCAACCCCAAUAUCCUGCAGUAUGGCCUGGAGUCCCUGACACGAAAGACCUCUUAUACUCUUCAGGUCAUGGCCAGCACAAGUGCUGGGGGAACCAAUGGCACCAAGAUAAACUUCAAGACAUUAUCAAUUAGUGUCCUUGAGAUUUUCUUUAUAACUUCUUUGGUUGGAAGCGGCCUUCUCAUUCUCAUCAUGCUGACAGUGGCAUAUGGUCUCAAAAAACCCAACAAAUUGAAGCACUUAUGUUGGCCUGAUGUCCCCAACCCUGCUGAAAGCAGCAUAGCCACAUGGCAUGGAGAUGAUUUCAAGGAAAUGGGUCAGUCUUACCAGGCUUCUCUGGAAGGGCUUGUGGAAGAGAUUGGCCAUCACUUCUGGUCUCUGGAAGGAAUGUGGGGGGCUGGUCAAGAGGAUAAGCUAAACCUGAAGGAGUUUGAUGAUCCUGUGAACACGGAAGGAGACAGGGUUCUAAAAUCAUACUCCAGUGAUUUUAUUGACAAGUUGGUGGUGAACUUUGAGAAUUUUUUGGAAGAGGUUUCCACAGAGGAAAUUGGAAAGGAUCAGGAAAGCAUUUUGAGAGAGGAAAAAAAUAAGUAUGUGACUUUUCCAUAUUGGCCUUAUCGUCCUCCCACAUCAACUGAGAUUCCACAGAGAAAACCCCAACAGCUGCGUUCUAGAAUACCAGAGGAGACCAGCUUAGAAACCAAAGAACAACUUCUCUCUUCUGUUCAGAGUUUAGGGCCAGAGAAUCUCUGCGAGGAAGGAGAACCAAAUCCAUACUUGAAAAAUUCGGUGACAACCAGAGAAUUUGUCACAUGCGAAAAACCUCAAGAUGAAGCCAAAAGAGAAGUUUAAUUGUUGCUGUGGCUUGAAUCCCUCUGGGUCUCAGUGUGGGUGAAUCCUGCAGAGAGCAUAUAUCAUGACUUGGCCAGAAGAGCUUUCCUGGGUGUCUCCCCCAACUUGCUUGUGUUAGAGAAACUCUCACAUCCCCCUGAGGGGCCUGUUGACCUUCACUGACCCAGACGUGUAACUUGCCUGAGAAGGAGGGAUGGUCAUAUAUCUGCACCCUGCCUAGGAAAAGCAAUUUAUGGUUUGUUUUUUUUUUUUUUUUUUUUUCAGUUUCACACUGGGGUCUGUGACAUUACUUCAAGGGACAGCAGGGCCCCCAAGGUGGAUAUAAUUGGCCUUCUGUAGGAAUUAGAUCAUUGUCACAGCUGUUGCUGGAGUUACUUCCUCAGGGUUCCAGUAGACUCUCCCCACUGCCAGCAGACUGGGGUCUGGUAGGAGGUGAGAGUCUCUUCCUAUACCUCUAUACCUUGGGUUCUGGGCUCCACCUCCAAGGCAGCCCUGAAAUCUCACUUUCGAGAUUUUGUUUUUCCCUCUGUACAGAGGCAGGGGAGGUAGAGUGGCCUUCCUGAUGCUGUGCCUGCCCAAGACUCCUUCUUACCCUCAUAAAUCUCAGCAAGACCUCCACCCACAAUUCUUGCCCCUGGUUCACAGCACACUGGCUGCUGGGAAAUCAGGGAAUGUGUGUGGGGGGGUGUCUCAGCAGGGCACUGGUGAGCAGACUCUGGGCUGGGCCAGAAGGUCCACCCCAAUCUUCACAUUGCCCAGCCCUGGAAACAAUCCCAGAGGCCUCUGCUGCCAUUUUGUCUUGCCCCCAAGCCUGGGAGUAGGAAGGCACUGAACACUGCCCUGCUUUUAGGCAGAGACCCUGGCGCCUCACGUGGCCUCAGAGCCAGGGAAUGCUUCCUGAGCAUGACCUUCUAAGGCUUCUUCCCAGCACAACCUGAGUAGGCUGUAGAAACAUGCUGCUGUGAUUUUGCUGCUCUGACCCCAGGACUCCUCUUGCCUUUGCAUUGGCCACACACACAGCUUAUGGCAGUCAAGGGAGUCCUAUGGUCAGGAUUCAUUUGCGGAGACCCAGCAUCGUGACCACAUUGAUGGCAGACGACUUCCUAGUGUGUGGUUUUGACUCCUCUAGCUAUUGGGGGAGGUGGCUGAGAGCCCGGAAAGAUGGAGGAAGACCAGGCUGUGAGAUGGAGGAAGGCGGGGCUGUGAACCUGU